AUUCUCUGCUGGCCUUGUUAUCUGGGGCGUCAGGAUAACUGAAUAUUCUUCCCAGGACGCAACCUGUGGGCCAUGAACGGCUUGUUUAUAGGACAAUAAGUCGCCAUGUCCUCGGCUUACGGUGGCCUUCUCCGCCCUCUCCUGUCGAUAUGCAUCAGUUUACUUCUCUUUCUGCGGUUCGGACAAUCAUACGAAGCUAUUACAGAUGACACUUUGAAGGGACUUUCACGACCGAACGAUGACUUCGAUAUUCAUUCCGGCGCGCUGCUAUCUCCUAUCUUGAGGACCCGUGUCUCCGGCACCCCGGGCUCUACCGCAGUUCUCAAUCAUUUUACAAACUUCUUUCGAACAGCACUUCCAGAGUGGAAGAUUCAAUUCCAAAAUUCUACUUCAAAAACACCUGUGUCUGGGGACAAGGAAGUUCCCUUUGUGAAUUUCAUUGCCUCCCGAGAUCCCCCGUGGGCAGCAGUAGGUGACGUUGGAAGACUCACACUCGUUGCUCAUUAUGACAGUAAAUAUGAGCCGGAAGGAUUUAUUGGGGCAAUCGACAGCGCGGCACCAUGUGCAAUGAUAAUGCAUGCUAUGCGGAGUAUCGAUGCAGGGUUGACCAAGAAGUGGAAGGAUAUGGAGGAAAAAGGUGGCAUAAAUACGUCGCUGGAAGAGCACCAUGGAAUCCAAGUCAUGUUUUUGGAUGGCGAAGAAGCAUUCAAAACCUGGACUGCUACAGAUUCGUUAUACGGAGCGCGCUCCUUGGCAGAGCAGUGGGAUAUGGAGGUGCACCCUGCCAUGUCCACGUACAAGACUCCGCUUACGUCCAUCUCGUUGUUCGUUCUUUUGGAUCUUUUGGGUGACAAGAACCCGGGUAUUCAGUCUUUCUAUAAGACAACUCACUGGGCCUAUCGAAAGCUUGCAGAUCUGGAGACGCGCUUUCGUGACCUAGGCCAGUUUAAGUCGUCCCCCGGUGGACCUUACAACAAGUGGUUCAUUGAUGGAUCGAAAGAUGAGCAUGAGCUCCUUCCUUUUGGUAGCAUAGAGGAUGAUCAUGUACCCUUCCUGGAGCGUGGAGUGGAGAUUUUGCAUGUCAUCGAUGCGUCUCCCCACAAAGGGUUUCCUAAGGUCUGGCACACUAUGGAUGACGAUGGCGAGCAUCUAGAUAUGGACACUGUGGAAGAUUGGAGUAUGCUCGUGACUGCGUUUGCGGCCGAAUGGAUGGAGCUUGAAGGAUAUAUGCAUUCCAACCACGAAGCUUCAUCCUCAUCCCGCUCAACGUCGGGCCAGGAAAAGCGUUCGGCGCAAUGGUCAAAUAAGAAGACUGAGUUCUUUUGAACAGCGGUUAGGCAUUAUGUGUACCUUAAAUGUCCUUAAAUCCCUGGGCGU